AUGUUAAACGUAUGUGCACCGGUAUUACUAAGCUUUGGGCAUCUAAUAUCAACUGUGCGAUGCAUAAACUUAGCAAGUUUUUUAUUAUUCUGGGGAGGAGGAGGAGCAAAUGGAAUAAAUCCAUCAGAUGUUGAUUCUACAACAAAGAAGAAUAAUAAAAGUGAACGUGGUAAAAAGAUGGAAGAAUAUAUAGACGAGAAAGUGAAAAUUAAUUUACGUAGUAAAAAAAUUAAUAAUUUAAAACCAACAUUUAUAAAUCCUGAAACAGAAAUUUAUUACUUCUUAAGGAGUGAUGGAAAUUAUGAUGAAUUAUAUGCAAAGUAUCCAUUAUGUGAAACUAAAUAUAAAAUAGCUGAUAAGUUAAAAGGACUUAGCUUAUUUCAGAAAACCAUGAUUAAAAAUAAAAAACUUGCACUACUUAAAACAUGUAUUUUGGAAAUGUAUGGGGUAUUUUUUGUUACUAUUAGAAAUACAAAUGAUAUCAUGUCAGUAAUUGCAACUGUUUAUGGAUAUGUACCAUAUUUAUUAUGCUUUUUAAUAUUCAUAGGAUUAAUAUUAACGUUUAACAAAUAUUUACUUUGCCUUUCUAUUAUUAUCCCGACACAAUUAGGAUUAAAUGAUUUAGUUUUAAAACAAGUGCUAAAAAUGAGUAGACCCAUUAAUAGCGCAUUAAAUUCAUAUGGAAUGCCUUCAGGACAUAGCUCAUUUUCUUUUACCAUACUUACUUUUAUCUUUCUUCAUCUAUUAGAAUCGAAGAGAGAUAAAUGGAAUAUUAUAACUUUUAUACUUGCACUCAUAGCUUUGCUACCCAUACCAUGGAGUCGUGUUCAUAUUGAAGAUCACACAUUUUAUCAGGCCAUUUUUGGAUGUCUCUUAGGAUUAUUCUUGGGUUCUGUAUCAUAUUUAAUAAAAAGGCAUUAUUAUAAGGAAAAGUCUUCCAAGUAA